CAUUAUGAUUUUGGUUGUCACCCUCAUUUUCGCCAGUGCAGCUGGAGUUUUGGCAAGCGGGAAAGGAGGAAUUAGUUCUGGUGUAAGUGGUGCCAUAUCUGGUUUCCCAAGUGGAUUUCUUAGUAAUGUUGGAAUUGUAGAUGGGAGAUUCGGUGUUGGUUCAAAUGGACAAAGAUUAGCUGCAGCAUUAGGUGGAACUGUCGCAGGAACUGCAGCCGGACUAGCAUCUGCUCUUAGUGGAGGAUUAGCUUCAUCUCUUGGCGGAGCAGGAGGAUUUUCUGGAACAGUGGGAGGCAAUUUCAGAGGCCGAUUUGGACCUGGUGUGAGUGCAACUGGUCCAGGUUUGAGUGGAUUUGGUACUGGUGUGAGUGGAUUUGGUCCGGGUUCGAGUGCAUCUAGCUCCGAUAUUAGUGGAACUGGCCAAGCAGUCAGUGGGCUAUUCACAAGUGGAUUUGGUCCUCGUACUAGCGGAUUUGUCACCGGACGAGAUGACACAACCAGUAGAGCAGGUUUCAUCAACAUAAGUUACCAGGCAUACAUCGGAUUGAUCUCUUAUAUUUCCGCCCUCGAAAGAACCCUUGCUUUUAAUACAGGUGCAAGAAUCGGAUUUGGAGGAAGCCAGUCUGGAAGUGGAUUCUCAGGGAUAGUAUCUGGACCAGGAGGUCAAGGUACUAUAUCAACUUUCGGUCCAAGUAGCUUUGGAAGUAGUCCUAGUGGCGAUCUGUCAAUAAACCGCCCUGCAGGCCAAAUUGUUGCAUCUUUCCAACCAAGAGGCUUUGUAAGCAGUCCAAGUGGCGAUCUGCCAGUUAGCCGCCCUUCAGGCCAAACUGUUGCAUCUUUCCAUCCAAGUGGCUUUGUCAGCAGUCCAAGUAGCGAUCUGUCAGUGAGCCGCCCUUCAGGCCAAAUUUUUGCAUCUUUCCAACCAAGAGGAUUUGUCAGCAGUUCAAUUGGUGAUCUGUCAGUUAGCCGCCCUGCAGGCCAAAUUGUUGCAUCUUUCCAACCAAAUGGCUUUGUCAGCAGUCCAAGUGGCGAUCUGUCAGUAAGCCGCCCUUCAGGCCGACUUGUUGCAUCUUUCCAACCAAGUGGCUUUGAUAUUAGUCCAAGUGGCGAUUUGUCAGUAGGUGGUCCUGCAGGUCAAGUUAAUGUACCUAUCCAGUCAACAGGUUUUGCUGGUAGAACAAGUGAUUCUACCUCAGCAAGUUUGCAGGGGAGUUUUGGAACAGAUGGCUCUAGGACAUUUGGACCAGUUUGGAGAUUUGGAGUGAAUGGUGUCAGAGGUGUUGCAGAUCGUAGCGGAGUUAGAAUUACAAGCGGAAGAGGAGUUCCAACCACAGACGGAAGUGGAUUCAGUGUCACAGACGGAAGUGGAGUCAGAGUUACAGACGGAAGUGGAGUCAGAAUCACAGACGGAAGUGGAUUUAGAACCACAGACGGAAGAGGAUUCAGAAUCACAGGAAGAAGUGGAGUCAGAACCACAGACGGAAGUGGAUUUAGAAUCACUCACGGAAGUGGAGUUGGAAUAACAGGGAGAAGUGGAUUAAGAGUUAAAUCUGGUGGAAGUACCUAUUAAACCCUUUUGCGAGAUGUUUAUCUGAAAGAAAUGUCACUUUUUGCUUGUGAUCUCCAUUUACUUGUAUCAUAGUUAAUUCAGUCAAUAAAGAGCUU